GCUACCGGACCCGACAAUCGGACGAUGGCUGAGUCAACUUGGAACCGCUCUUCAGACCAUCUCCCCAUCCGGGCCGGCCCAUCACAUGAUCUGCCAGUGCCGUGCCAACCACUUCCUACUAAGUGACCUCAUGUCGUCAUUGGUCUUGACACCCGGAGGGUUAGGUAAUCCAGUACGAAAGUACUGCCAACCCAGAGUACUACAAGUACCUGAGGAGAGCUCGCUCGCCCUGCAUCGUCUCAUGUACCUUGACUUGUCACUAUCACCAUCUGACACAUCCUCUUCCGACCCGAUACCUUCUACCGCUCCCCCUCAUCACAUCCUCCUACCUCACACUUCAACCACCUCCCGCUCAACCUAAUCAAUCACCACCAUGCUCCGCCAAUCCAUCACCAAGCCUCUCACCACCACUGUCCUCAGUCGCUCCUUCUCUGCUCUUGCCCCCAGAAUGGCCGCAGGUGACACUGGUGCUCCCCGUCCCGGGGGUGUUCAAUCUGGUGACUCUUUCACCAAGCGCGAAGCCGCCCAGGAAUCCCGUUACAUCUACGAGAAGGAAUUGGAGAAGAUCCAGAAACUGAGAGAACACAUCAAGGAGCAGCGCGAGCACCUCGACAAGCUCGACAAGCACAUCGACGAAAUCACCAAGAACCAGGGCGGCGAGCAGAAUUAGAUUGCAAUACCCCAAACGCAUUGUUUCCCCACACUACACUGAAUUCCACUUCUUAUCUACACUCUUCAAUGCUCUAACCCACUUAUUAUAUCCACCUUCCCCGAUGGGAUAGGUCUUACUAUCUACCUACCUCUCUCCUUCAUUCAUGCUUCGUGAUUGAAGGGGAAUUCACGAUAUGACUUGUAUGUUGAUGUGGAUGGCCUCGCUUUUGAUCUUAGCAUAGGUUUUAGCGAGUUAGUCUAUGCUGAGACUCUACUAUGCUGGAGCAUAUUAUUUGCUACGUUUUAUGUGUAAACGCUCGUGAGGGUCGAUAAGAUAAUUGGAUUUAGUCAACUGCUCCGCGGUACGGUGUAGGCCGCAGAUGCCAGACGUAGUCAGAGCGCUGUCGACUCACUUCUGAUGGACAACCAAGGGUCUGGGGCUUUUAUUCGAUCUCAAGUAGCUACCA